AUGAGCACCAUAACCAUCAUCAAUGGUGAACAGAAUCCGAAUGAGGAAUACCAGAUUAACGUUCGACAUGUAUCGCUUGUCAGUCAAGAUGGAACGGGCUCUGCGCGUAAUGUGAUAUCAUUUGAGCCAUCUUACCGAACCAGACCACCCCAAAUGUCCAAUACAUCUGCCACCGAUGAUUCAGAUGGAUAUGGGUGGAAGCGUAUCUAUCAUGAAUUCAUACCAUUACUGAGCGAUUCAAAUCUUCUUUUGAAAGCCCCUCGAUUCGAAAAUCGUGAAGUCACUCUAAAUAUGCUAUACAAAAACUCUGAAGGGAGCUCACAGGACUUGUUUACCGAAAGCUUCGUCAAGGAAGUGUCAAAUACUGUAGAUAAGUAUCUUGAAUCUGAAUCAUCCCUGUUAGACAUGCAAAGGGAUAUAAUAAAUCGACAAAAAGAUAUACGGAAGAAUCUGAAUUCUAUCGGAAAAGGGAAAGUGUCGACAGCCAAUCCACGUAUUCUGCAAAAGUUGAAUAAGAUUCGAGAAGAAAGACGAGAACAGCUCGCAUCAGAUGCAAGUGCGUUAGAGGAGGAGGAAAAGUCAUUUUACAGGGCUAGAUAUGGGCUGGAAAUGUAUUAUCAAUCUUAUUUUUCGAUUUGUCAUGAUUAUCUCGAACAGUUGAGAUCACUUCAAUCAAAGUCAGUCAAAAGUUGUUUGGACAAUAGUGCAGGUGAGCCGGAUCAGCAAGCAACGGAGGAAGAUCGUAAGCUGAAAGAGAGAUGGAUCGAAUAUAAGAUGAUUGAAUGUAAUUGGAGAGAUCUCAAAGCUCGUUUAUCCCUUGGAGAUUCAGAGAUGAGAAUGGUCGAAAAUUCAAUUUUUAAGACGGAUCAGAGGAUUCAACAAGCUUCACAGAGAAUUAUCCAUCUUGAGAACGAGUUGCAAAAGGCUGGGAUGGAAGAGAUCAACAAGGGUAAUGCUUUCCAAGAUGAUUUCGAUGAGCGAUAUGGUACGGGGGAGGAUGUGCCGGUGUAUGCUUAUGAGUGGUCAAGCCUUUGGGAUCGACAUCGAAAUAACCAUAAAAACAUAGACAGACCUGAUACGGAUAUCACUGAGGUAUAUCCUGUCAACAUCUCCCGACUAGAUGAGGGGAGAGCAGAGUCGGAAUUUGAGGAAGAUCCUAAAGUGACUGAACAAAUUUUCAAGAGCAGACGUUAUAGAACUAGCGGGGGGAAUACAUUCUAUAGUGGAUACAUCAUGAACCCGGGAGUAGCGGAUACUUAUCGGACUACUUUCCCUUGA